AUGGAAGGAAUCCAAGAAAAUAAGGAAGUGAUAAGGGAAGAUGUUCCAUCUGAUCAGCCUUAUAAGGGCUUUACUUAUCAACGUGCUGGUGGUUCGACUGGUCAGACCUCAGACGUGCCAUUUUCGUUUUAUGAUCUUCACUAUUCACCAAGAUUCAUAAAUGAAUCGAAAUUUAAACGUUAUAAAACGAAACUUGAUGGACUCGGAAAUGCUAUGACAAUAAGAACCCUUCAGGAAGGGAGAAGAAAUACUAUAAAUGCACCGUGGAAUCAUAAUGUUCCUGACACAGGUGAUUCUGAAGAUGAUCAAGGCAAGAACAGAAAUACGAAUAAAGCGCCAAAGGGUCGUGUAACACAACGAGUUGGAAUGUUUAGAAACGCUAAACAGUCUCAAAUAAUUUAUAACAACGUAUCUACAGCGGUUCGCAAAAUGGUUGAUCGCGACAUUGAAGAGUUAGUUGCACCAGAAUCGGAAGUUCAAUGGGCUCCAAACAUCCCCAAUAUGAACACUGUGGCGGCUAGCUAUAGAAAUAGGAAUGAAGAGUAUAUGGACAAAGAAGGUCCUAUAAAUCAAGGGCCUAUCCAUAGGCGAAUUAAGAGAAAAGAUGAGUACCUCCAGGAAGAUGUUAUGGAUGCUCUUUCUAAGAGAAAGAGAUAUGCCGAAUUGGUCAAAGACUUGAGCUUGGGUCCCUCGAACGAUCCCGGCUGUUUUAGACUGCAACCCAGUGACUUUGUGUUUUCUACUCCUGUAAGGCCAGCAUGUGUUGCGAGUGAUGAGAAUUACUAUCAUGUUGAUUCCAAUAACAACACUUGUAACAGUAAUAACAACAUUAAUAAGAAUGUGGAUAGCACAGAGAAACUGCCUUAUCCCUCAGAACUUCUGUCAAAACGGAUGUUGACAACUUUACCAACUCUAUGCUUGAGAGAUGAUGAAAGAAAAGAUUAUGACACUACGGCACUUAAUAUGAUGACAGAAAGCAUACGGAGAAGUGCUACUAGUUCAUCUUCCGAAAGCAAAAUGUUAACUUCCUUUAUGAACAAAACACAAGCUAUGAACAUCAGUUGUGAUGAAAGUCGAGAUUUCGUUAAUGACCCAGAGGCAAAUCAGCAUGAAUUUUUGAUCCCAACAACUCCCACAGCCGGAUCGUCUAGCCCCCCAUCGACUCCUCCAUUGGAAAGAGAGUUUAAUCAAACAAUAGUAUUCCCUGUGUUCAAUGCAGAAUGUAAUGAAAUUUUGACUCCUAGAGUUGUCCCAGCUAAUCGACCGGUCGAAACAUACCAAGAUAUUCCCAACGCUGAGGCUGUUGAUGGAGUUCAGGGAGAAAUCCUAUAUUCAUAUGAUGAAUUGGAAGAAAAGCAGCUGGCCGAGUCCCAUUAUGCAACUGAAGCUGUAGCCAAUUUUUGGCCUUUUGAAGAAGAAAGUACCAGCGGGCAAGAGACCGAGCCUGAAAAUGGCUAUAACUGGAUGAACGCAUGGGAAGAGAAAAGCUCAUUCUUUUGA